UCUGUAUGAUGUUGCUUUGGAAGCGACUUUGUCGACCCCAAGGCGAGCCGGCGGCGACAACGACAACAAAUACCUUGGCGCAGCGCAGAGCACUGCCCAUUGGCACUCGGGAGCGUCGCUUUUUUGGCAUUUUACGCGCCGGCAAACGCAAGGACGCUGCCUCAGUUCCGCCCACAUAUCGCCAACAUGCAGCAGAGGACGCUGCGGCAGCUGCGCCACACUCGACGCGCAGUCUAGAGCACUUGCAGUCGCAGUCGCAGCCGACGCAGGCGCAGGCGCAACAGAACGAUUACGUUCUAGAGGAGACAAAUCGACGAGUGCGUCAAGCGCCGCCGCCUUUUUAUUGCCCGCUGCCGCUGACGCCGCCGCCGGGCUAUACGGAGCGAGCCCCGCCACCGCCGCCGGCGCCGCAGCCAGCGGCCGAGCAUGCAGCAGCAGCAGCAGCAGCAGCAACUGCAGCAGCGCGUCAGCAAGCACGACGCCGACGUCGUCUACGUGAACUCCAGCAGCAGCAGCAGCUGCAGCAAAGAUUCGCAGCAAGCACCAACAGCAGCAGCAGCAGCAGCAGUAGCGAGCAGAGCAGCGCCAACGACUGCGACGGCGAUUUAGGCAGCGCAGUCAGAGGCCAGCGUCGGCGCAGACGCAGCUCACGCGGACUGAGAGAUGCCUAUUGUCCGGAUUUGUUGCACGCCUGCGCCUUGAUUCUCCACCACCAGCACCGUCAGCACCAUCAGCACCAGCAGCAUCAGCCCGGCAGCAGCGACAGUUCCGUGGGUAAUUUUACGGCCACGCCCCCACCGCCACCGCCACCGCCACCGCCACCGCCGCCGCCCCCGCCGAAUCGUCAGUCAAGUGGGGUUGAGUACAGCUCGGACUAUGUGGAGAUUGAUGAGCUGGUGCCGCCGCCGCUAGGCGCUGCUCGGGCCAAGAGCACACCACAACUGCAGCAUGCUGUAGGACUAGCGGACAGACUAGCGAUGGGUCAGAAUCUGAGCCUGCGACGGCCGCGCAUCUCACUGACCUGGGUGCUGCGGGAGCAGCACCAGCCCCCCUCCCCGUCCCAGCCCCAGUCCCAGUCCCAGUCUCAGUCACAGCAAAAGACCAAUGAGCCGCCCGAGGCGGACCCAGCCAAGGAGAAGGAGCUCAGCAAUGGACAUGUUCCGGCCUCUGGCAAUAUUAAUGCAUCCGGCGUCAACUCCUUGCCACCGCAGCGCACGGAGCCGGUGCCCACGCAGCUGGACGUGGGCAAGAAACGGUAUCGCGUCAAGCAGCUGCCCGCGGAGCCGCUUAAUGGUUACGCCACCACGCCCACCGCCCAUCAGGCGCCCGGCGCCGGGCAACUGGCGAGCCAAAAGUUCUUCAGCAAUCAGAAUCUGCUGGAGUACAAGGACAAGGGCACGCGCAGCGCACCGCUGGGCGCACCAGUGGCCGCCGCCACCACCAAAGAGCUGCUCUUCGUCUGCACGCCGCAGCGUGCGCCACGGAGCGAUGUGCACCACGAGGCGCUGCUGCUGGCGCGCAAGCGCAACGAGAUCCGCAAGAAGCUGGCCAGCCGGCUGCAGCAGGCCCGCGCCGCCGGAGUGGGAGCAGCCGCCAGCCCAGCGACAACGACGACAGCGGAUGCACUAAAGUGCACCUACUCGGAGCCCAGCUUGGUUGCCGUCUCAGAGGGGGGAGGGGGAGGUGGAGCUCCCGGCGCAGCGGCACAGCAGCAGCCGCGUCGUCAUCGUCAUCGCAAGCGUCGCGAGCGGGAACGCAAUCGUGUCCAGCGUUUCGGCUACGAGAUACACAACGUGGAUGAGUUUCUGUCGCGCUGCUCGCUGGCGGCGCCCGGCAAUAUACCUGUCGUCCUGGCCACGGCCAGCACGCUCUAUCAGACCCGGCCCGGCGGCUAUCAGCUGGAGAUACCGCUGCCGCUGGGCAUGGUCGUCAAUGCGGUCUUCAAGAACCAGAACUGGCUCUACGUACAGACGCCGCACGCCGAGGAGGGCUAUGUGGGCUAUGCCAGCUGCCUGCCGCUGGGCAUAUUGCCCUCGGGUGGCAGCUCCAAGCCGACGCCCUGCUGGGAGUCCAAUGCGGACAUCUUUCCGCGGCCCUGCGGCAACAUGACGGACUCGGAGAAGGAGAUACGUUUGCGCGGCGGCACACGCUCCGAUGGGGCACGCACACCGCGCAGCGUCAAGCCCGGAGCAGCUGCCGAGGAGCACAACAACAACAACAAUAACACGAGCAAGAGUCUAGUAUCGCAUGGCGGCAGUUUGGCGGGCUCCUUGUACGGGGAGCAGCACGUGGACAAGCUAUAUUUGCGCGCCGCCUCCCAGCCAAAGCUCGUGGAGAAGGCCUACGCCCAGCUGCGCUCGACCAAGCAGCUGGGCUCCGGCUCCGCCUCGGUGCGCAGCGCCUCCAACGACGAAUAUGUCACUCUCCAGCAGCAGCAGCAGCAGAGGAUGACCAAGCCGCAGGCACAGAAGCAUCUGCAUUCACAGCAGCAGUCACAGUCACAGUCACAGUCCGUGCGGCGUCUGUCGAACGUUUCGUACAUAACCAAUGGCCACAACGGUCAGCAUCUGCAUCCAAAGAGCACUCCACAGCAGCCGCAGCAGCAGCAGCAGACUCACCCGCAACAGGCUCCGCCCUCGGCGGGCGCCAUGUUGAGCGUGCUGCGGCGUCAACAGCAGAACGGACUGCGCCAAACUCUAGUCGCCAUCAACGCGGACUUCAUCACGGAGAGCAUUGUCGUCCACAAGGGCGAGAUUGUUACGCUCUGCGAGUGCCGCGAGUCCAAGGAUCAGCGCCAAUGGUUCUACGUGAAGACGCGAGACGGACGCGAGGGCUUCAUUCCAGCCGAGGUGGCCGGCCAUGGCUAUCUGUAGGCGGACUGGCGGACAAACGGACAGACAAACAGCUCCAGUCACACAAAACAUGGAAAAGUAGAAAGCUACCUCGG